CCGCGAUACCUUUCCCAAGGAAGUGUUUUGCGGUGAAAGGUUGAACGUUUCAAAUACGGAACGGAGUUACAAAUAUCAAAACGUUUUUAAAGAUUUGUGUAGAAUUAUUGGAAAAUUGAAGAAAAUGUCAACGACAAAAGAGCUGCUACAGAUGGACCUCUACGGUCUCCUUGGUCUUGAAGACGCAGCGUCCGUGAAAGAGAUUAAGAAAGCAUACAGACAGAAAGCACUGACCUGCCAUCCGGACAAGAACCCAGACAACCCUAAAGCAGCUGAACUCUUUCACCAGCUCUCCCAGGCGCUCGAGGUGCUGACAGACGCGGCAGCCAGAGCUGCUUACGACAAGAUCCGCAAAGCCAAGAAACAAGCCGAAGAGAGAACGAGAAAGCUUGAUGACAAGCGCAAGAAAAUCAAGCUAGACUUGGAGGCACGCGAGAGGCAGGCAGAGGCACAGUCCGCCGAUGAGGUCAAGAUCACACGCACGCUAGAGGAGGAGAUCACUCGGCUGCGGGAGGAAGGCUCCCGGCAGCUGCAGGAGGAACAGAGGCUGAUAAAGGAGCAGAUCCAGAGGGAGAGAGAAGGAAGACUUCACACACCCAACACAACCGUGCAGUCAGGCACUGUGGGGGGAGUACAAUCCAACAGCAACCUGACCCCCAAGUUAAAAUUGAAAUGGAAGUCUUCGAAAGAGGAUGAAACGAAUGGCGGCUACUCUGAAGACAUUCUUCUCAGGCUUUUACAAAAGUAUGGAGAUGUGCUGAAUGUCCUGAUAUCGAGAAAGAAGAAGGGAAGUGCGGUGGUAGAAUUUGCAACGGUCAAAGCAGCGGAAUUGGCAUAUAAAAAUGAGCGGGGCUUAACGGAAAACCCCCUGAAAAUCUCGUGGCUCGAGGGGGAACCCGUGGCCCCAACACCGGUGUUACACAGCCAUGGGACAGACGGGCAGUUCCGACCACUCCAGGGAUCCCUGAGCACUGAGCGCGACUACGAGAGUGUGGUGCUGAUGAGGAUGAGGCAAGCGGCCGAGAGACAGCGGCUGAUCGAGGAGAUGCAGCGGGAGGAUGAAGAGGAGGCAGCCCGGUCCUAGCGCCGGUCUCCCACACAGACACUAUCGCUGCUGAGCUUUAGUUCAAUAAAGCCAGCCUCAUGUUGUGUGUGUUCAGCCUUAACCGUAAACGAUCAGGUUCACCGCUGAUAGACCCUCUGCUGUCGUCUGAUUGAAGUACUUACCUGGUAGGUAUUUGGUGGUAUGGUUGACGAUGAUUCCACUAUGGUUUAUUAACGGUCACUGUGCUAAAUUCAGUUUUUAUUCCAAAACAAGGGUUUAAAGCAAAGUUCACAGUCUAAUUCAGGAUCUCAAUGUAACUUCAACUCUUUGCAGACUUCAAAAGAGUUUGAGUCUUUUAAGAAAAAGGGCUAUUCAGUUGUAGUUGGUCCCAUGGCUGCUGUCAUUUAAUUACCAUCUGUCAGCACUGUUCUGGUUAUUUCUAAACAGAAAAUAAAACUUGUUUUGGUGCCCUAAAUUGCAGCCAAGAGCAAAUGAAUUGUUUUCCCUUAUGCAAUAUCACUCUUUAUUAAAUGGUUACAUUUCA